GAAAACUCUGUAAGAACAAAUAUAAUAGAUAUCAGUCAGAAAGGAGGGGAGAAAAACUACUUCCUUUACAUGUUAUUUCCUUGAAUUAUAAAGAUUACGCUCAGUCGAGUGCCCAUUGCAGUGAUGGCAUGAAGUAGCCUUAGCUUUACAGCUGAAAACAUGAUGUUUAAAAUAAAUUAGCUCCUAAUAAGAUAACAGUUUCCUAAACACUUAACCCCCAUCAGGGAGAAUAGGCAUUGGCAGUUCUGCAGUGAUCAUGUAAUUAUGUGUAAUUCUAGACCAGGAGCAUACACAAACGUGUAUUCAUACAUACAGGUGUGUACCUUGUGUGGUGUAUAAAAUUCAUUGCAUAUGAUAGAUAGGUAGAUACAUAGUGGGGUGUGUAUGGGGAUAGAUAGAUAGAUAGAUAGAUAGAUAGAUAGAUAGAAGUUUAGAAAUGCACCUUAAACCAAUCAAUUUUCAAUUUUAUUGUUGAGGAAGUUUCUGAAGGACAUGACAAUUUCCCACAGCUAAAAUGCAUAGCAAAAUAUUUAAAUCCAACCAGAUCUUCCGCGUACAGAAAUCUGAAGAGGAGGUGACUAGCCAUUGAGAAACACACCUACAGCUAAUGAAUAAAAGCAGAAACAUGAGCCUCCAGCCCAGACCAAACUCAUUUCAUUUGGUCUUUCGCCCCAGUUUGAGAAAAAAAACCCCGGAAUUUCGAGGUUAUUCCUUAAGAGGUUUAAACUUUUUUUUAAAAAAAAAAAUAGGGACCUUGUAGUGGGGCCAGACACAAAUGGAAAGGGUGAUAAAAUAUGAAAGCAGGAUCAUCGCUCACCUUAUAGGCAAUAGACACGCCAAACAACAGCCUUUAAAAAAAAAAAAUCUUGAUCAGUGACAAUCAAUAAAGACACUUCUUGACCGUAACCGAAUGCUGCCUUUAACUGCAAAGGGUCGCACAAAGAUUUGGUAUUAACAAUAAAACGCAAGAGGGCACAAUUCAGUACAUAUAUCUAUAUCUCUAUAAGUAUUUAGUCCGGAAUAAAGGUAAUACUUCGAUUCCCAUCCAUCUCAUAGAUUUGUAGCUCUUUCACAAAAUAAAUACGAAGCAUAGAAUUUGAUGAGGCAGGCGAGUGAUACUUUAAAAGGAAGCCUCUUCUCUGUCAAUCUAUGAUAAUUAGAUAACCAUGAGAAAUAAGUUACCAACAUUGACUUCUCUUCUCUCCCCCCCGCCCCCCCGCGCCACCACAAACACACUUCCCAUCCGAAACCCAGGCUAAUUAAACAAAUGAGACCUAUUUACCCCACCCUCAAUAACACCCCCCCCCCAAAAAAAAAACACCUAAAAGUUUUUUUUAUGCCAAAAAAAAAUAUCCUAGCAAUAUUACCCCAAUGGUCUGCAAUCAAUAACAGGCACCGGGGUUAAACUUUUCAGAAUAAAGGGAUUUAACUUUUUUCUCUGUGUGUAUAUAUCUCUAUAUCCACAUCUAUCGCUCUGUCUGUGUGUGUGUGUGUUUGGUCUAUUUUUUAAUUAUUGUUUUAAAGACUCCAAACGUUUGGGGAUUUAUCUUUCACAGAUGAUACGUAUUUGGUUAAGGGGGUGAGUUCUGUUGUUUAAAAGCCAGGAAAAAGAGGGGCUGGGUGGUUUGUUCUGGGGGUCCCCAGUGCAAUGCAAGCCCCUCGUGGGUGCUAUUUUGUAAUCUCAGGCUCUUGCUAUUGGUCAGUCCAUGAUCAGAUGGUUCUAUUUCCUUGUGUCCCUCGCUGGCACCCAGCCAUCCCCCUUCAGCUAAAACCCAAUCUCCGAUAUAGUACUAAUAGCUAAACCACUUGGACUAUAAAACACAACAAAUCAUAAAGCCAGGAAAGGACGGCUGCCUCCUCCCAAUGAGUUCUUAUUUUGUCAACUCUACCUUCCCGGUGAGCCUGGCUGCUGGGCAGGAGCCCUUCCUGGGACAAAUCCCGUUAUAUGCCUCAGGAUAUGCGGAUCCUUUAAGACACUACCCCGCUACCUAUGGAGCCACUAGCGUCCAAGAUAAGGGUUAUCCCUCCUCUUCUUAUUACCAGCAAGCUAACGGAGCUUACAGCCGGACCACAGCCUGUGACUAUGGGUCAGCUGGUUUUUACAGAGAGAAGGACCCUGUCUGUGCCACCUCAAACCUAGAUGACCAGGUUCAGUUUGCCCCAGAUCAGCGGAAGACAGACUGCGCACAGAACAAAACUGUUUUCGGGGAAAGCGACGACCAGAAGUGCUCCACUCCCGUCUACCCCUGGAUGCAGCGGAUGAACUCUUGCAAUAGUUCAUCUUUCGGGCCAAGUGGCAGGAGAGGCCGUCAAACCUACACCCGCUACCAAACCCUGGAACUGGAGAAGGAGUUCCACUUUAACCGCUACUUGACCAGGCGCCGCCGGAUCGAAAUCGCACACGCACUUUGCCUGACAGAACGCCAGAUCAAAAUCUGGUUCCAGAACCGGAGGAUGAAAUGGAAAAAGGAAAACAAACUACUCAACUCCACGCAGCUGAGCGCGGAGGAGGAGGAGGAGAAAGCAGCGGAGUGAAAGUAUUAUUUAAGAGAAAGAGAGAAUAUCCCAACAGUUGGAGGAGAUAGAGGGUGGGUGGGGCGGGAAAGGGUUGGAGUGGAAGAGAAAAUGCACCCCAAGUGGUGCACGCUUUGUAAAAUAACCGAGACGGUUUGAAGGUGGCGAGCCACCACCAUAAAUUUGCACCGUUGGACUCGUGUUCCGUUAAUCUGUCGUGUCAAAAAAAACAAAAAAAAACCCAGGCUUCUAGUUGAGUUUUUUUCCCCUUUCUAUUCCUCCAAAUAUAAUAUAAAAUAAAAUAAUAAUAAUAAUUUGGAACUCUUACCUGUGUUUCUACCCUUGGUGUCACUGUUAGUAACCCGCUAACUCUUGUAUUUAAUGGAGGUGCUGCAAUAUAUGUCAUUUUUGGUGUUAAUUGUCUUAAUUUUGUAAAAUGUUUCAUGCACGAUUGACUUAUAGAUUCCCCCUUCCCCGGUUGCUUUUCUUUUGGUAAAUUAAUCAAACCCUGGGCUCUCUGUAAUUAGUUUCAUUUUUUAAAGAGAAAACCUACUGAAGGAACAAGUACUACCUAAAAGGAUGCAAAAGCAACAACAGGAAAAAAUAUAUUUUAUUAAUUUUUGUACGUGUUGUGAUUGUAGUUUGUCUUAGGUAUGGCCAUGGAAUACUCUAAUAAAAGCAAAGUAUUCGGACUCA